UGGCUAGUCUCUUUGCCUUAGUGGCAUUUGGAUCAUGCUGAAAUAUAUUUUAGCUCUUUGGAACAGUGACUAUGCUUAUUACGCCUUUGGGUCCUUGUUCCUUAUCAUGGUUGUGCGACAGUUCUGUUAUGCAUUUAGGAAACUUGCUAAUGAGAGCUGCUGCCAGUGUCAAAGAAAAGUCCAAAGGAGUUUGGAAGGCACAGAACAAAGAGUUUGGAGAUCUUCCCAGGAAGACACCAAGACCCCCUUGGAAGUGUUGUCCAUCCUGAAAAGCCAAACCUGGGUUCCCAAAGAAAGUAGCAUUCGGAAGCUGCUGUGUGAGGACCCUACCUGUUCCAUCUGUAAUACUGUGGCCUUGGAAACAAAGUUGCUGCUCUCUGGUGAGAAAGACUUGCACUCCCCCCCACUGCAGAACACAUCACUUGGGUCUUCUUACUUAGAGGCUAUGAGCACGUCUACUCUUUCUCUUGACCAAAGUUUGGACCGAAGCUCAUCUACGGAAUCCCUGUCAUCCCCACUCCCAGUCCAAACUCCUUCAACUCAGACAGCCUCCCUGUCUUCCCCCAGGGUCCCAAACUUCUGUCCCCUGAAUGGGGGGGCUACUGACGUCAAGAAGAACUGUCUGCAACAGAAGUACAGUCAACUGUUCUGCAGUCUCCCCUCUCUGCACAGUGAAUCCCUGGUAGCCACCUUUCCGAGGCACGACUCCCUCUCCUCACCCAGUAGCGUCUCCUCUUUGGACAGUACUUUCCUCUUCAAUGAAUUGUCCUUCCUCCCCUUGCUGCCACAUUCUACCCCUCCUCCUUCUCCACCUAUUCUGAUUGGGAACAGCAUCAAAGCCCCUGAAAAGACCCAAAUCAAUGUCCCAUUUCUCACUGUAGCUGAAUGUGAAACCUUGGAGUGGCAUCUACUACAGAGACAGCUCCAAAUGCUAUGGGGUCUACCCCCCUUAAUCCAGAUGAGUCAACAGUCCCAGAGACCCCUUGAUCAUGAACUCCGUGAGGCAGACCAGGUCCUUAUGCCUCCUUGUCCCAAAAUGAAGUUCUCUGUCCUCACAAGGGAGCUUUUUUUCUUCCCGGACCAUGCCAGGAGGCUCCUUGAGCUACAUUUUCAGAAGCGGAUCCUUCAGCAUCAGCUAAGGCCACCUCAGUCAAGCCAGAAGUCUGUUCCCCUGCUUCUGUCCCCAAUUAACCAGCCACAAGUCCCUGAGAGCACCUCGAUCGAAGUGAGACUUCCCCAAAAUGAAAAUCCCCAACUCAAGAUGGCUCAAGCACCUGCUCCCAUUAUGACUCCUGCCCAUUUCAUCAAGCCUGAAACCUAUGCCAAAGCUAGGGUGACCGUUCAAAGGCACAUAGAGAAAAAAUGUCUGCAGAUCAAACAAGGGAGCUUUCCAGACAUCAUAUCUGGGUCAUGGGACAUUGGGAACCAAUUGUCAGCGGGAGACCCUCCUACCCAGAGAAUUUUCGAAACUGCCCACUCCAAUAUGGAGUCAGAAGGCUUGGCUUUCCAAGAUCCAUAUACAACAGCAUGGAUGGAGCACCAACAGAAACUAACACCGCUGGAUGAAACCAUGAGGCAGCCAGACCAGGCUGUGACCCUCCCAGAGAGCGUAAUUGAGAAACUGCAAAUGAUUUUGAGACACAAAUACUUGACUUUCUUAUCAGGAUUACCAGCUCUUUAUUAUGUGGCUCUCUAUAGGGCAAUGUCCCCUUUAGCUAUUUCCCAAACGGAUGUGCCUGGCAUGGGGCAAGGGGUAGGAAAGGAACAAAUUGACCCCAUAAGAUACAGGAUAUGGGCUGAAGAACAAUCACUUCUCCCCAAAGCAGAGAUUAAUGAUUCCACCAUGAACUCUAGGGACACUGGAAAUGAAUUAGUGGUUUCACAACAGAUAAACGUCUCAGAGGCAGUACCAGAAAGAGGAGGCAAUGAGAAGAGUCCACACGGAAUAGGUGAACAAAGAGGGUUUGACUGCCCACAGUGUCCCUAUUCACCAAGUAAGUCUGUCAUCUUGGCCAAGAUGGAUUCCCACCUAAGGAAGAAGGUGUUAGAAGUAAGUAUGGGGAUUCCCCAAAAAGCUAUAGAUUCUAGGGAACUCUCUGAAGCUCUGCAAUUUUCUUUACCUGAGCCUGGCUUAGGACAUGUUCCCACAGCUGUGAGUCCAGAAAGCCCCAAAGAACUACAAAGGAUUCUCGGCAGACCAGGGAGCCAAGAGUUCCCAGAAAUGUGCUCAUUACCCGCGGCAAUAGAUGUUGAGGUUCCAAGCUGGACGUAUUUUAAGGAGCAGCUCUCCAAUAAGCUGGAGCUCAGUUUGAUGAGAACAUCAGAGUACCAAACUCAAAGCUCCCCCACAGCUCUUUCCCUGACAUCCCCCCACAUCCCAGGCUUCCAGGUUUCCAAGGUUACCCAGCCACACUCCCAGAAAAAGCCCAGUAGGGGCAUGGCUGAUGCUCAAGUGCUCCAUGUACAUAUGGAAGUAGAACAGAGAAGCCCAAGCCAAGGGAAGUACUGGAAAGUGGAGCCACAGAGUCCCUGGGAUUGCCAGGCCAAGGGCAUCAGCUCAAGCCCAAACAAGAUAGAAGGCUCCAAAGGAGAAGAUCAGGGUGGAGGGGAUGCAGGGUGGGGGACCUCUUCUCUCAAAAGAAGGAGCCAUGCCCUCAAGGCCAGAAGGCCAACCAAGCCUCCUAUGAGCAGGGCCCUGAGAUCCCCACAUCCAGGGGACAAGGACCCUUAUCGCACCACCCCCCUCCAGAAGUUUCCUCAAUCUUUUUCCAAAGCUGAGAAUUCAGGGGCACUUUUUGGAGUGCCAGAGAGGAAAGAGGCUGAGUGGGAUGACCAUAAAGGCAGCCAAAGAAAGUUGAAGGACACUUCUUCUCUGACAAGGGACCCUGAGAACUCCCAAUCCAGUGACCCUAAAAAUCCCAUCAAAGUGGCCCAGAGAGCAAAAAGUAUGCAGGUCCCAGAGGGGACAGUUUAUACUCCCCAGGGUCAAACCCCUUCAAAAAACAGCUUCAUGGAAAAGAUAAAAUACUUCCUUCACUGGUUCAGCCUCAGGAAAAAAGUUGGGAGUCAGAACUUAGUCCACACCUUCCCCAGGGCUGAGGUGUCACCAUCCAAGAAGGGUAUUCCUAAGAAGGUUCCGAUCUCAGCCAGCGGCUCCACAAGUAAGGGACAGAAAGCCAAGAAGAACGUGGAAUUCAAGGAGCACUCCUACCCAUUCCCAAGUAAGAACCUUCUGGUCAGUGCCAAGGUCCCCCCAACGAGUCAGAUCCACCAUCUCAAUUGCCACAAGGGCCAUCCACACUUCUGGAACCCAGAACAGUGCCAGCGCUUCAAUCACUGUUCAGAUAUGUAUGUUCAGCAGGAAAAUGAUCCUUCUUCCCUCAUGCCUUCUGAGGACAACUUUUGCUCCCUCAGAAAUAAAGUCCAGUCCCAACAGAGAGAGUGACUUCAUUCUCAUGAAUGCAUACCCUCUGAUCAGGACAGUAUUCUUUUCCAUCAAUGUGGGGCCACCGUCCUUCCCAAAUACAUUCUAUUCCUCUAAUGGGAGAGCAGAGUCUUCUGUCCCUUCACCCACCCCCUACUCUGUUGUUUGGGGCUUGGGGGGGGAUGAGGGGAGGGAGAACCACCUAGCAUUCUAAUGUGCCCCAAGAUCUUUCUCAUUAGGAUUUCCUGUAAUCUCAGACCCACAUUCCAGACAGCGGUGGUGCCUGUCUAUUACAGCUAUGGGUGGAGAAAUUAAGGUACAAAGAAGGGAGAGGACUGGGGACUGAACCAGCCUCCUUUGAUGAUAUCCCAGCAAAUGGGGAGUAAAGAAAUGUGGGUUAGAUGAGAAUGCAUUUUGGUGGAUUUACAGCUGGCUAACC